CCAACCACCAAAAGAUAACAUAAAGAAACAUAUGUCAUGUCAAAUGAUAAUAUUUGUGCUUUAUUUUUUAACACCUUUCAUUUUUCCUCCUUUUUGCCUCACCAAAACCUGAGAUCCAAUCAUUAAAUUAAAACACAAGUAGUACUUUGCCCAUCCUUUUUUUCCCCCCCUGUUUUGGCUACUUCUCUCAACAUUCAUGCAAGUAUGAUUCUCAGGAACUCCUUUUCAUCAGAAGAAAACCAGGAAAAACUAUGAUAGUGUCACAAUCAUUUAAUCCUUCCACCUCUUUGAGGAGAAAUAGAGUGGCAAAGAGGAAAAAAGUCGCAACCUACGAUAAAAAGUUAGACAGGCUUCCCAGUCAUAAAUAACAAUCCCUUGCACAUAAAUUGUGGGAGCUACUGGAAGAGGGAGAAAGACGUCUGCCCAAGCUAGUCAUAGAAGGGUCAUGUAGUAACUCUAAUAAAUGCAGAGAAAGCUAGUAUUUAUAGAUGAGAAUUGAAGAGAAAAGCAUUGAAAGAAGAGGCCCCCAUUGAAGGAAAUGGAAAAUUCGGGAUUGAAUACGACUAACUUGUAGGAAGGUUAGCUUUCAUGUGGUUCAGGCUGCUGAGUUCUGGUACACCAAAUAUAAUCUGCCUAAAGUCUUCCAUUAUCCUGUUUCCAAAUAGAGAUCACUCUGUUCCGAAACUUUUUGGGUUGUAUUUUUGGAUUUGGGGGAAGCAUGUAAAGCUAAUAUUGCAAGAACGGGUAUCGUAUUAAAUGAAUUUCAAAUGAAAAUUAGCUCAAACUGAUCAUGAACCAUAUUAACUCAAAAUAAUCUAAACACAUAUGUCAAAGUAUCAGACAUGGAAGUGCUUGUGUUUUCCCAAGUGGAAGUCAUUUCUUUGUCUUAUACAUGUUAUUUUAUAGCUUAUCUAAUUGUUCUGUAACAGAUUAUCUUUUCCUCUUAGUAGAGCCCACAGAUAACGACCCCUUCCAACAUGCUGAAUCAAUUUUUUUCUAUUCCAUUAUUUUCCCAUUACUGUUCUCAAAUUCAGAAACCUACUACUCCCUCUCACCCCCCUUUAUAUAUCCUUUUGUGAGUUGUGUCAAACCCGAACUAUUUUCUCUACUUCCAUGGUUCCACCUACAAAGAACAUCAUACAGUCAGAUUAAAACCCCGCCAUGGAAGUGGGUGGCCUGACCCUACUCCUCUAAGAAAAUUCAUUCUGUUGACACUAAAGCCACACAGUCCAGCAUGGCGGAAAGUAAGAUACUCAGACAUAGUGUGACGAACAAUAUUUUCACUCCAGAAUCUAAUAAUCAGCCAGAGACAUCAGAGCGGAGCUCAAAUGAAGCAUAUUUCAGUUUUGAAGAGCAUUUCAUAGCUGAAGAAACUUUCAAGUGCGGUCCUUUACUAAUCAACUUCUUUUCCAUGCUCCAAGCUGUUACCAUCAUAACUUCAACCUCUUUUUUUGCAGGAUUUCCUUUUACGAUUUUUCUUUUCUUCUCCUACUUAUUUAUAAGUAUUAACUUUUGCAUGAAAAAGAUUCUUCUAAACACAGUUAACCUGACGUUUCCCAUAUUUCUGCUUCUCUUUCUUCCCCCAUACAAAAGACUGUUUGCUAGCUCUUGGAAUGUAGGAGGCAUCCCACCACCAGAUAACUUGAACCUCGACGAUUUGCUCGAUACUCAGAACAGCAUAGCAGAUAUUUAUGUUUUUGGGUUCCAAGAAAUUGUGCCUCUUAGUGCCGGAAAUAUUUUGGUGCCAGAAAAUAGUAAUAUUUCAAUGAAGUGGAAUUCUUUAAUUAAAGCAGCUCUUAAUAAGAGAAAGGUGACAGAAGAUAGACUACCACAAAAGGCAGAAGCUGGAGAGAUACAAAGAAUUUAUCCUCUAAAGACACACAGCUCCAUCAACUCAAGUGCACCAGAUUUUGAAUGCAUAAUAAGUAAACAAAUGGUCGGGAUAUAUAUUACCGUGUGGGUGCGAACGGAGCUACGUGGUUAUAUCAGUCAUCCAAGUGUCUCAUGUGUGGGCUGCGGUGUCUUGGGCCGACUGGGAAAUAAGGGUUCAGUCUCCAUCAGAUUUUGCUUGCACGAAACAAGCUUUUGUUUUGUGUGUUGUCAUUUAGCUUCAGGUGGUAAGGAAGGAGAUGAGAGACAAAGAAAUGCAGAUGCAGCACAUAUUUUGGCACGCACCCUUUUUCCUGCCGAAACUCAGCAGCAUCUGCCUAGGAAAAUCCUAGACCAUGAUCAGGUGAUUUGGCUAGGCGAUUUGAACUACAGGAUUUACCUGCCAGAGGCUACAACAAGAUACUUGGUGAAGAAUAAAGAGUGGAGCAUCUUAUUACAAAAUGAUCAGCUGAAAGCUGAGCUUAGAAAAGGCCAUGUCUUCGAGGGUUGGAAUGAGAAAGAAAUUGAGUUUGCACCAACAUAUAAAUAUGAUCAAGACUCAGAUGAUUAUUAUGGAUCCAAUCACAAAAUAAAAGCAAAGAGGAUGAGAGCUCCUGCAUGGUGUGAUCGGAUAAUUUGGUUUGGAAAGGGAUUGAAGCAGACUCAUUACAACAGAGUUGAAUCUAGACUAUCUGAUCAUAGACCUGUUCGAGCAAUUUUCAUAGCAUAUGUUGAGGUAUCUGGACCCUCAAAAGAGCCACACAGUGUCUUGUCAAACAGAUUCGUUGAUUCAUCAAACUAUUUCAUAUCAAGCAGAAAUGACUAAUCCUGUAUUAUACAAGAACUUCUGCCUUCCAGUUAAUAAGGAAACUUAUUUCAAA